UGUGUGCUUUUAAUCCAGCGUGGGCAAGGGAAUACAAAUGAUGUUCUGAGACCACCUUGUGUCUCUUCUCUGUUGGGCACUCAAAUUGAAGGAAUUGCCGCUGGAUUAUGGCAUACAAUUUGUAUAUCUGUUGAAGGUCAACGGCAUGCCUUUGGUGGAGAUCAGUUCAGUAAGUUGGGAACGGGUACUGAUCAGUCUGAGAAUCUACCUAAACUUUUGGAUGAUGAUCCAUCAUUGAAAAAUAAACACGCAAAAUUAUAUCUUGUGGAGCUCGUCAUAGUUCCAUACUAUGACUCAACAACUUAGGAUGGAACAGUAUACUGCUGGGGAUGGAACAAGUAUGGCCAGGCAACCAGUCAGCCAAUAAAAUCGAAGUACAGUCAUAAUACCUCUUUCUUUCUUCUAAGCCUUU